AUCUGAGCAUUUCGCGGUCAGCGGCUUCGCCCUGCUUGGCCCCUGCUGAUCCCCAGCAGGCCCUCCUCAGUCCCCCCCGGGUUCUCACCGGCCCCAUGAUGAAGGAGGAGGGAGCCCUGUGCCGUCGCCGCUUCUCAACGUGCGGCACGACCAGCUCGCCGCGACCCCCACACCCCGACGGACGCAAGCUCAUCCGCAACGCUUCUUGGGGCUACAACGAGCUGUCGCCCUCUCGGCCUGGGUUUCGAUCGGGGAAAGAAGAUUCCCUGCCUCCGAAAGAGGACUCGUCUCACUCCAUAUCCAAGAGCAAGUCAGAGUCCAAGCUCUACAAUGGCUCUGACAAGGAUGUCUCGUCGUCCGGUAACAAGCUCACCAAGAAGGAGUCGCUCAAGGUACAGAAGAAGAACUACCGUGAGGAGAAGAAGAGAGCCACCAAGGAGCUCCUCAGCACCAUCACAGACCCCUCUGUUAUUGUCAUGGCUGACUGGCUCAAGAUCCGGGGUACUCUGAAGAGCUGGACCAAGCUGUGGUGUGUGCUGAAGCCGGGGGUUCUUCUCAUCUACAAGACCCAUAAGAAUGGCCAGUGGGUGGGCACGGUGCUGCUCAACGCCUGCGAGCUCAUCGAGAGACCCUCAAAGAAGGACGGCUUCUGUUUCAAACUCUUCCACCCUCUGGAGCAGUCCAUCUGGGCAGUCAAGGGUCCUAAAGGAGAGGCGGUGGGUUCCAUCACACAGCCAUUACCCGGCAGCCACCUCAUCUUCCGCGCCACCUCUGAGUCAGACGGCCGUUGUUGGAUGGAUGCUCUGGAGCUGGCUCUGAAGUGCUCCGGCCUCCUGAAGCGGACUAUGAUCCGCGAGGGCAAGGAGGAGCUGGCCAGCACGGCCGGGGAGAGCUCCCAAAUUAACUUCUACAGCCUGCUGAGAGCCCACAACAUGCAGGGUUUCCAGUUCAACGACAGUGACCAGUUCAAGGACCCGGACCUGUACUCAGACAAGUCGGACCGGGAGGGGGAGCAGGACCACGAGGAGUCAGACGUGGAGGGUCUGGGGAAGAGCGAGGAGAGUGACAGUGACACGUCGGAACGUCAGGAUGACUCCUACAUUGACCUUGACCCCAACGAGGCCCUGCAGGAGACUCCGUACCUGGAACAGUCCCAGGAGGAGCUGGGAGAGGCUGGUGAGGCCUCCCAGACAGAGACGGUGUCGGAGGAGAAUAAGUCUCUGAUCUGGACGCUGCUGAAGCAGGUCAGGCCUGGGAUGGACCUGUCUAAAGUGGUCCUGCCCACCUUCAUCCUGGAGCCACGCUCCUUCCUGGACAAGCUGUCCGACUACUACUACCAUGCUGACUUCCUCUCUGAGGCAGCUGUGGAGGAGAAUGCCUACAACAGGAUGAAGAAAGUAGUGAAGUGGUAUAUCUCUGGAUUCUACAAAAAGCCACAGGGCCUGAAGAAGCCAUAUAAUCCCAUCAUCGGUGAGACCUACCGCUGCAUGUGGCUCCAUAGCAAGACCAACAGCAAGACAUUCUACAUUUCUGAACAGGUGUCCCAUCAUCCUCCAGUGUCAGCGUUCUACGUCAGUAACAGGAAGGACGGCUUCUGUCUCAGCGGAAGCAUCCUGGCCAAGUCCAAGUUCUACGGAAACUCCUUGUCGGCCAUAUUGGACGGAGAGGCUCGGCUCACAUUUCUCAACAGAGGAGAAGACUACGUCAUGAACAUGCCCUACGCCCACUGCAAAGGCAUCCUGUAUGGCACCAUGACUCUGGAGCUGGCUGGCCAGAUCACCAUUGCCUGUGAGAAGACGGGAUACAGUGCCCAGCUCGAGUUCAAACUCAAGCCGUUCUUGGGUAACAAUGACAGUGUAAACCAGGUUUCUGGAAAGAUCAAGCUGGGGAAGGAGGUGCUGGCUACGCUGGAGGGACACUGGGACAGUGAAAUCUUCAUCAACGAUAAGAAGACCGGGGUGGUGGAUACGUUUUGGAACCCCACUGCAGAGCUGCGUCAGAGCAGGCUGACACGCUGCACCGUGCCUCCUGAGGACCAGGGAGACUAUGAGUCUGAGAGGUUAUGGCAGCAUGUAACGAGGGCCAUCAACAACAAGGACCAGACAGAGGCCACCAAUGAGAAGUUUAUCCUGGAGGAGGCUCAGAGGAAGUCAACCCGCGAGCGCAAGGCCAAGUGUGAGGACUGGGCGCCCGGGCUCUUUGAACAGGACCCCGUCACCGGAGAGUGGCAUUACAGAUAUGCCGACACCCGGCCGUGGGAUCCGCUGAAUGAUAUGAUUCAGUUUGAGAAAGACGGCUGGAUCCAGACUAAAGUGCGGCACCGCACCCCUAUGGUAACAGGGACCAAAAGAAAGCACAAGCACAGUGACAAGCCCAAGAAACCUGAGAGUGGCUGCUCCUCCCCAGAACCUGACCGCCAGGACUCCUCCGGCAGCGAGCGACUCAAAAGCAAGCACAGUAGCCGGUUAAGGAAAAAGGGCCCAGACCUUAGUGAACUUCAAAGUGCCAUUGAUUCUAUAAAGAAGACACAGGAGAACAUUUACAAGAGCAUCGGUGUGCUGCGCUCCCGAACGACAGCGGGCCAGGCGGCAGCAGAGGGCGGAUUCCUGCAGCAGCGCGACUACGCCAUCAUCAUCCUCCUCAUCCUCCUUCAGGUCUUCAUCAACUUCCUGUUCAAGUAGCAGCCGACAGACUGACAGAGAGAGAGACAGAUGGAGUUAGAGAGAGAGAGAGACAGGACUGAUGGGGGGUUUGUCCAGGCUAAGGAAGAGAAACAGUCUGGAAGUGAAUGAACUUCAAGAGCACCCAGUAGCUCUGCCUCAACCCUCUCUCUCUCUCUCUCUCUCUACUGAGUUGACCCUGCUCCACUGUCCUCAGACGGGCCACCAUUGUCACACACACGUCUUCAAAGCAAGCAUUCCUGAAAGAGGCUCCUCAAAAAAAACUGAAAUAGUUUUUAAUUUCUAUUUAUUUGUACCUGUUUAGAGAUCCAUGUAUUUUUAAAGGGGAAGUGGCCCCGGCCAGGACUGAAGGGAAGUUGAGGUCAGCGUUCGGCCUUAGCCGGCGUCAUGAUGUCGUCAACUGGGCCUUGGAGAAGACAUUGACAUCUGGCGGCCAUUUUUAAUUUAGCUAACGGACACCGCUCCUUGCAUUUCACAUUGCCCCCAUUUCACCCGCCUCCCCAACUACAGGGAACAUUUUACACUGAGACUUUUGAAGAAAAAUUACUUUCAUUCAAUUUUUUUUUUUUAAAUGUUCAUUUGUUUUGUUUGUUUGGUGUGUCCUUUGUGAGUAGAACCUCUAGUUAAAAAAUAUACGAGAAGGGAGAAGAACAGAUUUAAGCGGUCCAAUAUAUGUGACGUUCUUUUGAAGCUUUGACAAGGCUCGAGUUUCCUAGCUUGAUGGUGAAUCAGCAAACAAAAGAAAAAGGUCAUUGUAAUCAAUCGAUUUGAAUCGUUCCACUCAAAUUUGUAGACAAGGUCAAUUGUAUAAACUAGAUGCUUGACAUGAA